CUGAUCGGUCUCCCCGACUCCGCUUAGGCCGCUACCGAGCUGGCCUCCGCUUACGUCUGAUGCUUUGUUCUGCUCAUGAUAGUGGUUCUUCCCUGGCAUAAGCCUGAUGGAUGUGGUUGUGAUUCACACUUUCUCCGUGGCCCGAAUUUUGGCUGAUCAAGCUUCUGGGUCCAUGUGGAAAACAGGAACCUCAGCCACUCGUUAGACUUGCAUCCCGCAAUGUAUACCCGAGAUGGGAAUUAGUAGGGCUGAGAAAACUCAGCGGGCUGUCUUGAGAUGGAGUGUUCUCAUUGAUAAAAGCAGCCAGCCGCUGAAGUGGAAUAGCAUCUUUUGACAGGCCCGAAUAUCUUUAUCUCCUCUGGUUGAAUCAACUGGGUGAACUUUCGACACGUAUACACUGCCUUUACCGCUAGCAGCCACAAUGAAUGCCGUCUUUGCAGCAGACCUAGUUUUCUAUUUAUUGCUCCUCCCCUUGGUCUUCUACAUUAUCUGGACGCGUCGCAGGGGGGGACUCCUAGCGUGGUACUAUCUCAUUAUUUUUUGCAUCGCCCGCGUAGUGGGCGGAGCAAUGGGAGUGCACGAUGAGAAGAGUCUCGCUGCGAACAUCAUCGUGGGUGUGGGCAUCUCGCCGCUCAUUCUCGCAAUCGAUGGCCUCCUCCAUGAAGCGCGCUCAUACCGGAUUCCCGGACGACAGUGGCUCGGCUGGGCGGUUGUUGCUCUAGUCACAGCAUUGAUGGCAACCGCGCUGGCGCUUGCUAUCGUGGGCGCCCUGAACAUCUAUGAAGGCCACCCUAAGCCGGAUAGCCUCAGUCACUGGAAGGUGGGCACCGGACUAAUGGUCUUGGUGUGGGGCUGGGAGGUGAUCUGGGCGGGUAUCCUGCUGCUGCCGUCGCAGCGACGGAAGGAUGCUUUCUUGUAUUAUGCUGGUACCACGCUUCUUCAGGGGUCGUUCCUGGCACUGUUAUUCGCGGGCAUCCGGGCUAUAUAUCAGUUAAUCGCGGUGUGCACGCAGCGUAAGGACCUUAGUUCCAGCACUGGCAGUCUGGCGGUGCGGGUGGUUUUGGUGUUCUUACCGGAAGCUUUCACUGUGCUGUCGAUGGUACUGGUUGGAGUGCAGACGAGGAAUGUUUCGAGGGCGUCAAUGUGACGAGACGUUGGCUCUGAUGGAUAGCAUUCGUGCUGGGCUUUGAUUUGUACACUCCUUUGUUUUAUGAAUGUUAUGCACUAAAUCCCGG